AUUUCAUUAAUGUUUACAAAUAUAUGUCAAAAUAUCUCGAGAGAAACUAGAUUUAUCACAAAAAGUACACGACUAUGAUAACCGUGAUGAAGCUUUUCGUAUUUUCAGAGAAAUUGCAACUCUUGACAUGAAUGAGAUGAUGCACUAAAUGUAAGAAGCACGAAGCAGCAGCAUUUUCCUUUGCAAUAGUAAACCAGAACAUCAGUUUUGUUGUUGACAAUUGAUCACAACUACAUUCUAGUGUUUAGAUCCAUUGGCCACGAAAAGGAACAGUGCAGUAAAUUAUUCCCAACACAAGCUCUUUCAAAAAAUGGACGAGACGUAUAAAUGCACCAUAUGUGGAAAAGAUUUUACUACUAAAUAUUACCUGAACUACCACAUGCAUAUCCACACCAGUGGUUACAAGUAUAAAUGCGAUGUGUGCGGCAAAGGAUUCAUGGCCAGUUCAAUCUUGAAAGAUCACGAACACAGUCAUACUGGUGAGCGGCCUUACAAAUGCACCGUAUGCGGGAAAGAUUUUUCCACUAAAUCUCACCUAACACACCAUAUGUAUAUUCACAAGGGUGAUUAUAGGUAUAAAUGUGAAGUUUGUGGCAAAGGAUUCUUGUACAGAUACCGCUUGAAAGAACACGAAUAUGAACAUACAGAUGAACGACGGUUUCAAUGUACCGUGUGUAACAAACAAUUUCUAACCAAGGGCACUUUAACCGUACAUAUGCGCCUUCACAGUGACGAACUGUCGCAUAAAUGCAAUAUAUGUGAGAAAAGUUUCAACACUAAAUAUGGUCUAACCAACCACAUGCCUCUUCAUACCGGUGAUUAUCGGUAUAAGUGUGAUGAAUGUGGUAAAGGUUUCAGUGAACCAUCCGGCUUAAAGAGGCAUGAGCGUAUGCAUACAACGGAGGCACCGUUCAAAUGUUCCAUUUGUUUCAAAGGUUUCCGUAAUGAACCCUAUCUUGUUCAACACAUGAACAUUCACUCAGGCGAGCGGCCUUAUAAAUGCACUGUAUGCGGGAAAGAUUACGCUACUAAAUGUUCCCUGAAAGGACACAUGUACAUUCAUAACAAAGAUUACAGGCACCGAUGUGAUGUGUGUGGCAAAGGAUUCAUGAUCAGAUCACGAUUGAAAGUUCACGAACGCAUCCAUACAGGAGAACGACCUCAUCAGUGCACUGUAUGCGAAAAGAAAUUUGUCACUAACGCUGACCUAUUCAAACAUAUGGCCAUUCACGAAAGUGACUACCGGUAUAGUUGUGAACUGUGCGGCAAAGGCUUUCGCCAUCGUGCCAGCUUCGAUUACCACGAACGACUUCACACUGGUGAAAUGUAUAAAUGUACCGUGUGCGAAAAAGAUUUUACCUCUAAGUACUAUCUAAAGAAGCACAGUGAUAAUCACACACUUCAUGGUCCGUACGAAUGUGACGUUUGUGGCCAGCAGUGCUCUGGGGAACUCGACUUGAAAUUGCACAAAGAAAAUCAUACCAUCGAGAGGUCAUCCGGUUGCACCGUGUGAGAGUGGUUUAAAGAGCCGUGGUGAAAACAUGGGUUCUCAAAUCAAAUUUUUAAUUAUACUGGUGAAUAUUGUCAAGAAACCAGUAUAUGUUAAUUUGUUUUCUAGGUUUAUGAAAUAUGUAAGU